GAUUGCCAACGGCAGGGUACAGUGAAUAAAAAGGAGAUUGUACGCGUACCAGCUGCUAGCGAAACGUGCUUUGGUGGGAGGAUUUUUUUUGAUUUAAAGAAAUAUUUGGGAAGGUUGUUGGAAUCCUAAACAAUAUGGCUCCAGCCUGCAAACCGGGAUCUGGCAGGGAUGAAGGAGACUUUUAUGCAAUCAAAGAAGAUCGGAAGACUCGCAAGCCAUUGAUCGAGAAGAAGAGGCGAGCCCGCAUUAACGAGAGCUUGCAAGAAUUAAGACUGAUCUUGGCGGAUACGGAACUGCAGUCGAAAAUGGAGAAUGCGGAGGUGCUGGAGAUGACGGUGAAACGAGUCCAAAACAUACUUUGCAACAGGAAUAUUGAAAAGGACAGGUUUAACGAGGAAGCGAAUGAGAGGUUUGCCGCUGGCUACAUUCAGUGCAUGCACGAGGUCCACACUUUCGUUUCAAACUGUCCGGGGAUUGACUCUGCUGUGGCUGCCGAUUUACUGAAUCACCUACUGGAGUCUAUGCCGUUGAGCGAAGAUCACUUUCAGGAUUUACUGGGUGAAUUAAUGGCUGAAACUAGCCCCAGUAUGUGGCCUGGGCCUGACGACGUAUGCCUCGUAUUGGCGUCCCCCACAGGUAGAGACCAGCUCAGCUCCUCCGCACCGUCUCCUGUAUCCACUGCCUCCAGCGAGGAUGUGUACUCCGAUGUCGACGACGCGGAUUCGACUCCUGCGGGGCAGAACCCCUUGUUGCCAGAGAAAGUAGAUAACUGUAGAACAGAAAACGCCUCCCCUGCAAUAUACUCAAAGUCUGUUUGGAGGCCGUGGUAAUUGAACGGACCAGGACCGAACAGAAGUAACAAAGCUGCCUUGUUUGGGGAUGGACAUUGGUUUUCCGUUUUGGAGCCAGUAGCUUGUCAUCACUGCCUUUAAUGAACAAUAUUGACCCGAUAGCAAAUGCAGUAAUAUGAUAUGAACGAGGAGAUAUGCUUAAAGAAACGGAACAAAAAUAGCAUUGGGAGUAAUACAAUUGGCCAAUACCCUAUGUUAAGCUUAGCUGUGUUAGAUACUAUCAUGAAUUUCUAAUUGCGUCUCUGGGUAAAGAGGUAUUCGGGUUUCUUAGUAACAGAAAAGUGAAAGCGCUUCUACAAAGCACAACAUUUAACUUUUUUUUACAAGGUUGAGGGGAAAUAAAAUCGUGCACACAUGAUUAAACAUGUAAACAUUCUAAUUCUAGUGGUUUACAAAGGUUAUAAUCCCUUAAAGGGAUUGUUUUGGAGUUAGUUUUUACUGGUAACAGGGUCCACAGUAUCUACCUUCAGUGAAGGAAGACUGAAUUAGAAUUGUGCAGAAAAACAAGGUUAGGUGUAUAUGUACUUAUUGAUGCUAGGAAUCUGUCUUUUGGAAACUUGUGUACUGGUUCCCCGAUGCUUCUGUCCACAGUUACAUUUGAAAUGUUCUGCUAGCACAUUAAUGUAUUCUUUUUUAAUUGUGUGUGUGUAUAUUUGUCAGUAAUGUAAGUUUGACUAUUCUUGUUUUGUCUUUUUUAAAAUAAACUUUUACCACUUUUAAAUGACUGUCUACUGAAUUACACUGACGUUCCAUAAAUGUCAGAGGUCUGAUACUACUUUACAGUUUAUGUAAAUGAUGUAUUCAAAAAGGUUCCAAGGUGUUUCACACAGCAUUAGUGAGCAACAUUUGACUGCUGCCUCUGAGGGCAUUGUUCAGCUAAUGACCAAACAUCUUGGCUAGAGGAGUAAGUGUUAAUAAGUAUCUUUAGGGAUAUGGUGAAGUUGGGGAGGGAAUUCCAGAGUUGAUUUGGCCAAGUUAGUGGAGCUAUACCUUGCAAUUGUGCAUUCUUUACAGCAUGUAUUAAUGAAAAUCUAUCUUUGAAAGAACAAUGGAAUUUUUCAUGGUUCUCAGACCAGAGUCAUUGCCACACUGGAGUCAUUGUAUAAUACCAUGGUAUGUGUAUAAAUGAUGGAAAUAGUUUUAUAUAUGUUUUAACAAGGUAGCCAUUCAUAUUUUACCGGCUGUAACAUAACUAAAAGCAAUUCAGGACCUGCAUAUGUAGUAGAUUCUAAGAUCUGCUAUAAAUGAGUCCUUCAAGAACUUGAUGCUUAUUCAAAAGAAGCUAGUGUCCAAAAUGGGGAAAUAAUAGAAAUGUAAUGUCAUUCAGACUAGUAAAUUGUAAAAACCUGUUACUUGAAUUAGCUGCGAUUUAUAUUUGAAACAAACACUGCAGUUAAUUUGUGUGUGAGUGUACACUAACAGGAUACAGUUAAAUUUUUACUUUAGUCUCCAUUCAAAGGUUUGCUUUUCCAUGGUCAAAAAAUUAGUGUCAGCUCUGAAAUCUGGCCCUAAUCUCACUAGUAUAUUCAGUAAAAUUUACCAAUGUCAACUUUAUCCUAGAGAUCAUAUCAUAUUUAAAAAUUAUUUAAAAGCAAAGCUGUACUUCAAAGGUUUUGGGAAGUUUUGUUUAAAUUUCAAAAGAACAUUUCAUUGGUUGUAAAGCACUUGGGAAGGCCAUGAAUACAAAUUCACUUCCUGGAUUACUGAUAAAAUUUGUGUUAAGUGUUCUGUGUAUUUGAAUGUUCAGUGAAAAUAAAGA